CAGCUCUGGUUUGGGCAAGGCCAUCUGAAAUCAUAGCAUUGGCUGGAUUAGUUGGCGAUUUGUUGCUUCCCUUUAAACACGGGUUUUGCAUUUUGAUUCGCUGGCUCUAACAUCAACAUCAUUUCAAUGUGUAGUAUAUUUCAUAGAAGCUGUUUACUUCGGAGAUUAUAAAACACAAAGCAUAAGUGGACAGUAUUACAGGAAAAAAAUGUAGGUCAGCGAUUUUCUUGGCUGCAGAUCUGCUUUAGAGCAGAUCAACUCAUUUAAAACUUCCAUGUUAUGAAAAGAUGGCCAGUAGCUAGCAAGGCGUGACCAUGACCAUGAUGGCUCAGUUUACCACAACCAUGAAUGGUGGUCCAAACAUGUGGGCAAUCACCUCAGAGGAACGAGUCAAACAUGAUCAGCAAUUUAUAAGUAUCAAACCACUUGGAGGAUUACUUUCAGGUGAGCAAGCUCGUACUUUUUUUCUGCAAUCUGGAUUACCAAAGCUAGUGCUGGCUGAAAUAUGGACCCUUUCCGACUUGAACAAGGAUGGAAAGAUGGACCAGCAGGAAUUCUCCAUUGCAAUGAAACUAAUCAAGAUGACCCUUCAAGGUCAUCCAGUUCCUACCAUUCUUCCACUAGUCAUGAAACAGCCCCCAAUCCCCUCACCUUUGAACUCUGCACGAUUUGGAAUGGGAAGUUUGCCAAAUCUGUCUGUCCCACCAAACAUGGCUUCAUUUACUUCCUUGGCUCCCACUUCAUCGAUGACAUCAGUGUCCACCUUGCCACCUCUGAAUAUGUCAGUUCCCCUGGUGCCUGCUGUUAGUCCGUCAGCCUUUGCAAAUGGUACAUCUGUCCUCAUUCAGCCUUUAUCUACACAGAGUUCUGCAACACUUCCUCAUGCUGGGUCUCUGAGACAGACAAUAGCAGGAUUCGGAGGCUCUGGGCUUCAUAAGGCACAGUCGCUGAUUGAUCUUGGUUCCAGCAGCAGUUCAUCAUCAUCAUCCACUACAUCUCUUGCUUCACCGAAAAUGAGUUUCACUGACUGGGGGGUUCCUCAGUCCAGCAGGCUCAAAUACCGCCAGGUCUUCAACAGCCUUGAUAAAUCCAUGAGUGGUUUCCUGUCAGGUCCACAAGCCAAGAAUGCUCUUGUUCAGUCCAACCUGUCUCACAAUCAAUUAGCCACAAUAUGGAACCUGGCAGAUGUUGAUAAGGAUGGGAAACUCAGAGCGGAAGAGUUUAUUUUAGCAAUGCACUUAAUUGAUGUAGCAAGGUCUGGUCAGCCUCUUCCCAUCACUCUACCCCCAGAACUGACACCUCCUUCAUUUAGAUCAAGCAAAUGGGGUGAAGGAAUAAAUGGAACACAACCUCAGUAUCAGGAAAUAGCAGAGGAAAUCCAGGAACCCCAGAAAAAGUCACCUGUAACUUUCGAGGAUAAAAGAAAAGCAAACUACGAGAAGGGUAAUGCAGAGUUGGAGCGAAGGCGGCAUACCCUUCUUGAACAGCAACAACGAGAAGCUAAUCGCAGAGCACAGCGUGCAAAGGAGGAGCAGGAGAGAAGGGAGCGAGAGCUGCAAGAACAGGAACGGAAAAAGCAUCUUGAGCUGGAGAAAAGGAUGGAGAAGCAGCGUGAACUGGAACGUCAAAAGGAAGAACAAAGGAGGAAAGAAGUAGAAAAACGAGAGGCAGCUAAGCAAGAACUGGAACGCCAGCGGCAGAUUGAAUGGGAGCGAAUUCGGCGACAGGAAUUACUUAACCAACGGAAUCGAGAACAAGAUGAGAUUGUCCGGUUAAAGGCUAAAAGGAAAAGUCUGGAACUUGAACUGGAAGCUUUAAGUGAGAAACGGCAAAAUGUGGCCAGCAAAGUGCAGGAAGUGAAGAACAGAAGGGAAGUUCAAGAAAAUGAACUUAAUCUCAUAAAUCAGAAGUCUGACGAGAGGCGAUCAGAAGUGAACCUUCUGCAGCAACAGCUUCAGGAGUGUCAGAGGGUGCUGAAGCAGCUAAUCCCUGUGAAGCAUGCUUUGAGCAACCAAAUAAAAGAAUAUCAGCCCAACUCUAACCAGAACCUCGACCUGUUGAAACAUAACCAUACUGAAAAGCACGAAUCUUGCGAACGGCUUCGCCAACAGCUGAAGGAACUAGAGCAAGAGACGGCUGACAAACUUUCCGAAAUGGAUGCUUUUAACAGCCAACUAAAGGAACUGCGAGAAAGCUACACCAAACAGCAGUUUGCUUUGGAGCAGCUCUAUAGAAUCAAAGAUGAUAAGAUUCGAACACUUGAAAGAAAAAAAUCUGAAGAGCUAGCAAGGAAAAAAAAACAAGAGGAGGAUGCUGUGAGAAAAGCAAAACAAGAAAAAGAAAAUACCUGGAAAUUAAAUGUCAUGAGAGAAGAGGAGGUCAAGCAGCGGAAGCUGGAGGUAGAACGAUUGCAAGAUAAAAUCCGAAAAGAAGAAAAUCUGAAAAAUGAAGAGUCUGCUGCCAAGCAAAGGGAAAUGGAAGCACAAAGUAAAAGACUUGCUGAAGAGAAGCAGCACCAUGAGGAAGAAGAGAACAAAAGGCAUGCACAACUACAAAGGGAGGCUGAAGAGAAGCACCGUCAUGAAGAAGAGGAAAAGAAGAGACGGGCACUGCUUCAGAGAGAAGCUGAAGAGAAACGGCGUCGUGAAGAGGAAACAAAAAGGAAAGCUCAGAGUCGGAAAGAGGAGGAGACGAAGCACCAGCGUGAGGAAGAAGAAAAGAAAAGACAAGAAGCCAUGAAACGCGAUGAGUCUGAGAAACCUCGGGGAAAGAUUGAUCUGCAAGUUAAAGCCAAAGACCUGAUGAAAAUCUUUGAUGAUAAACCAAUAUAUGGAACAAGGAAAGGAGGGCCAAUCAACAAAAGUGCAACCUCCAUGCAUAGAAAAUCUGCUGUGUUGGCAAAUUACCGGGCAUUAUAUCCAUUUGAAGCAAGAAAUAAUGAUGAACUCAGCUUUCAGGCUGGAGAUUUAAUAGAGGUUGAUGAAACAACUGAGGGGGAAUCAAGCUGGCUGUAUGGGUCUUUACAAGGGAAAGCUGGUUGGUUCCCAGUAAACUACGUAGAGAAGGCGGCGGAGAAUGCAGCUCCUUUAUCCCCCAAAAGGGCAUUAUUGCCACCUACAAAACCUGUUUCAACUACCUCAGUGUCUCCUGGACCCCAAGAUCAAAGUAAAGUAAGUGAAGAAGGGAAUAUUCAAUCAAGUCGAACCUUUUCAGGGAUAAGUGGCAGUCCCAUGUGGCAAAAAUCUGCUUUUACUCCAACUCUUCCUCCUGGUUCCGGGUCGCCUAUUUAUGAUCAGGUUGAAAAUGUAACGGCUUUUAAGGCCCUGGCUCUUUGUUCAUGGACAGCAAAGAAAGAAAACCACUUGAAUUUUACGAAAGAUGAUAUGAUUGAGGUCUUGGAACAACAGGAUAACUGGUGGUUUGGAGAGGUUCGUGGUGCAAAGGGAUGGUUUCCCAGGUCAUAUGUCAAGGUGAUCAAUGAGCAUACACAGCUAUCAGUGGACAGUCCUGGACCUGUUUAUGCAACAGUGACCAAAAGCUCGAGCCCAGUCUCCCAAGCGUUAGAAGAGUAUAUUGCACUAUAUUCAUACGAAAGUACUGAAACUGGAGAUUUAACCUUCGCUACGGGUGAUUUGGUUCUGGUCACUAAGAAAGAUGGCGAAUGGUGGACAGGAGUUAUUGAUGAUAGAACAGGUGUCUUUCCUUCAAAUUAUGUGAGACCAAAGGAUUCAGAUGGAUCAAGUAGUUCAGGAAAAGCAGGGACGUUAAACAAGAAACCAGAGAUUGCUCAAGUAACCUCGGCAUACACUGCAGCAGGUACUGAGCAGCUAAGUCUCGUCCCCGGCCAGUUGAUAGUUAUUUUGAAGAAAAAUGCCUCUGGAUGGUGGCAGGGUGAAUUGCAGGCCAGAGGUAAAAAACGUCAAAAGGGAUGGUUCCCUGCAAGUCAUGUCAAGCUGCUCGGGCAAAGUAGUGGAAAAUCCACACCUGCUCCACCUCCACUCUGUCAGGUCAUAGCAAUCUAUGACUAUACCGCCGCGAAUGAAGACGAACUCAGUUUUUCCAAAACUCAGCUUAUCAAUGUGCUGAACAAGGAUGAUCCAGAUUGGUGGCAGGGAGAGUUGAAUGGAAUGAAUGGCUUAUUCCCUUCCAAUUACGUUAAGGCAACCGUAGAGUCCGAUCCAAGUCAGCAGUGGUGUGCUGACCUCCAUUGCCUUGAUUCCAUGCAACCUAUGGAAAGAAAACGUCAAGGUUAUAUUCAUGAACUGAUUCAGACUGAGGAGCGCUACAUGGAAGAUUUGCAACUGGUUUUAGAGGUUUUUGAGAAACAGAUGGCUGAAUCCAAACUCAUCACAGAAACUGAGCUGCGAACCAUUUUUGUGAACUGGAAGGAGCUCAUCAUGCCGAACACCAAGCUCUUCAAGGCUCUGCGUGUGAGGAAGAAGACUGGUGGGGAGAAAAUGCCUGUCCAGAUGAUUGGAGACAUCUUGGGAACAGAACUGUCGCAUAUGCAGGCUUACAUUCGGUUUUGUAGUUGCCAACUAAAUGGAGCAGCUCUACUCCAGCUGAAAACUGACGAAGAACCAGAAUUUAAAGAUUAUCUUAAGAAAUUGGCUUCUGACCCUCGAUGCAAAGGGAUGCCGCUUUCCAGCUUCUUGCUAAAGCCGAUGCAGAGAAUCACACGUUAUCCGCUUAUUAUUAAGAAUAUUUUGGAAAACACUCCAGAGGUUCAUGCAGACCAUAGUCAUUUAAAGUUGGCAUUGGAGCGUGCGGAGGAGCUGUGUUCCCAAGUGAAUGAAGGUGUACGUGAGAAGGAAAACUCCGAUCGGCUGGAGUGGAUUGAGUCACAUGUUCAGUGUGAUGGACUUGCAGAGCACAUUACUUUCAACUCCAUCACAAAUUGCUUGGGACCACGGAAGCUGCUGCACAGUGGAAAACUUUACAAAACAAAGAGCAACAAAGAGUUAUACGGCUUCCUUUUUAAUGAUUUCCUGCUGCUCACCUACAUUGCAAAACAGUCAUUUAUUUCAUCGGGGUCUGAGAAGCUGUUCAGCUCCAAAUGUAACUCGCAGUUUAAAAUGUACAAAACGCCUAUUUUCUUAAAUGAAGUUCUUGUGAAAUUGCCGACUGACCCAUCAAGUGAUGAUCCGGUCUUCCAUAUUUCGCACAUUGACCGGGUGUACACACUCAGAGUGGAAUCCUUAAAUGAGAGAACUGCCUGGGUUCAAAAGAUUAAAGCAACUUCUGAACAGUUUCUCGAGACGGAGAAAGGAAAACGUGAAAAAGCUUAUCAAGCGCGCUCACAGAAGACGAGUGGAAUAGGACGACUUUUGGUGAGCAUUAUUGAGGCAACAGAACUGAAACCCUGCAGGGCAAAUGGAAAGAGUAAUCCUUACUGUGAAGUCACCAUGGGAUCCCAAUGUUACACAACCAGAACUCUGUCAGACACACUGAACCCAAAGUGGAACUUUAACUGCCAGUUUUUUAUCAAGGACCUUUACCAGGAUGUAUUGUGUAUCACAGUCUUUGAAAGAGAUCAGUUUUCACCUGAUGAUUUCCUUGGUCGGACAGAGGUUCCAGUGGCAACAAUCAAAAAGGAGCAGGAAGGCAAAGGGCCAACUACAAAACGCCUUCUUCUGCAUGAAGUGCCGACAGGGGAAGUAUGGGUGCGUCUUGAUCUUCAAUUGUAUGAACAGAAGACGUUGCUUUGAAGUUCACGCUUCAGAACUUUGUGAAAUUUGAAUGCUCAGUGAGUAAAAUCGUUCAAUGGAUGACAAAAUUGGAAAUAUUCCUUCCUGGAAUUCCCGAUAAAGUCUAACAAAUGAAACCUCAACCAAAAUACACUGUGAUACUCAAUAUUCAUAGCCAAUUAGGUGCCAGUUUUGUUACUGCGAUUGAAAUUAUUGGCUCUUUCGUUUUCCAUUCUAUGUCUGUUUUUUCCUCGUAGCAAAAAUGUUUCACCAGAAAUUAAUUAGGAACCAGUUAAUGUAAAUUCCAGCAGAUUGGGCAGAGAGGGAGACAGAUUAUUAUCCUCUCGUUGUGGAGAAUCAUACUUCCUGCCGAGAACUGUUAAGGUUAACAACACAAACACUUUAACGUCUUUAAAAAUGAAGAAUAUCCAUUAUUCAAAUCAUUAAGAAGCUAUUCACCUAUUCUAACUCGUGUAAAAUUGACAGUAUGCAUCUUUUGAAUUGUUUUGAAAUCUCCUUUAUAAUUGCUGAAAAUGUACAUGUUGGAGAUGGUGUUAAAUGGAAUUGAAUUCCAGGCUAAAAUUUGACUUAACUGUAACUAUAUUUUCAAGUGAAUCACUGGAGUGAAAAAAAACGGCAUAAUUCAUCAAGGUUUAGGAUUGGCACACAGAACAUUUGCUCAAGAUAUUUGCUGGAAACGUAAACUCUUUAUGAGAGCUAAAAAUCUGUGGCAGGGCCCAGCUACUGAAUAGGAUCAAUAGGUUUUGUUGACUUUUUUUUGUCAUAUGCAAUAAAUUCAAUCCCAGAUGUACUUCCUGUAUAUGAGAAAAGCAGCACAUUAAGAAGUCUUUACUCUGGCACUGGUUUAGACAAAAAUGUCAGUAUGUAAUAUAACAUUUCUCAUUGCGUUCAGGGGGCUUGUAGAAGUUAACAGAUCUUUUCUGAUUUUUUGUUUUCUUUUUUGUAGUCAAUCAUUCAUUAAUGUAUUUCGUUAUCUCUGGAAGCACACAAGCUAUACCAAUGAUUUUGCUCCAUUCAGUAGAACUUUAAACUAAAUAAUGAAAAUAUUUUCACAUUUAGUGGUGUUACCUUGAAACCAGAUUUUGUAAAGUAAUAUACUUUAUUAGGUAAGACUAAAUUUGAUGACAAGUUUCUCAGGUGCCUGCUACUUUAUUAAGAUUUGUUUAUAUUUACAUAUUUAAGUUCCUAAUUAAGUCUUUAAGAUGUGUAUUUCAUAUGUACUGUCCAUCAAUCAACUGGUGGGACAUUACCAGAAAACAUGUGCAGUUAAGUGAGAGAAUUAGAAAGAAAGGGUGAGGCAGAAAUAAUUUUGUGGUUCCAUUUUUUUCUUCUAUAUUUACUUGAAAAAUCAUAUUGAGAGUCCGAGCUACAGCAAAUUACCUUGAUGUGGUAAUGCUAAAACAACAAUUAAUGGAAAUGCAAAAAUUGAGACAAAAGUGUUGGAAAUGUCUGGCACAUUGAGAAUGAUUUGGAAAAGCAGAUUUAUAGUUUGUAUGGUUGGAACUAUUUAGUUCCACUCUCUCAGUUGCUGAUUGACCAAUUCCAUUUUCAUUUUCAGACAGAAUUCCAUUUGGCACAUGACUGUAUUCAUGUGCCAAAUGGAAUAAUUUACAAUAUCUUUCAUACUGGAAAUUAAUAUUGUGGUAUCCCAAAAAUCAUUGAAUUUCAAUUGAUUUUGUUCUUAAUUUUUUUUACAAACAUAAAGCAGCAUUGGCGAUAGUGGAGUACUGCUCUUUAUGCACCUGCAGAUAACCAGUAGCCUGUUUGAUUGUUCAUUAUUCUUCAUUCCUGCGUUACAAACUUGUCUUGAACUUGUUUUUACAAUUUUGGGUGUCCUAUUUGUAUUUUAUUUUAUAUUUAAAAAGCUAUUAACUUUAUAAUGGUGCAGGUAUUGUCCUUUGAGAAAGCAUGCUAGCAUUACUGUACUAUGAAUGUGGUGUUAGUCAUACAAGAAUAUAACUAGUUUCAUUCUCCAAUUUACACCACUGUAAAAUUCCUAAUUGGUGUCCCUUAGCCUUGGAAGAUUGUUUGGUGUAGGUAGGUUUAGUGGAAAUGCGCGAUAUGGUGAUUUGUGUGUGCAAUAAGUCAUACAAUAAUUCGAACCUGAGCAUGCAUUAACUGCUUCAGUUAAUAAUAUGAGAAACCAUUUGGCUCAAGGGAUGUGGAGUUCCUAUUUUACAAUGCAAGGCACAAUUCCAAAUAAACUAAAAGUCCAAAUAAGAAACACAACACUGAUCGUUCUUGACAUGUAAGGCUUAUUCUAUCUCUAUCCAAAUGAAUUAGUGAGGCACAUCAUUUGUAUUAUGUUAUGGUUAUUAAUACUGUUGAUCAAACAUAGCAGAGAAAUGUCAUCACUCUCAGCUUCAGUGGAAGUGAAAGCAUCACCUCAUUUGGUUUACAGAAGCAGCCAUUGAUGUACAUAUGAAGGUCAAAUGAAAUAUUUAUUUUCUAUUUUUUUGGAUCCCUAGUAAAAAAUAUCUCUAUGAACAUGGAUAACUGAACCACUGAAAUCCCUAGUGUUAUUUUAGUAUUACUGCUUUAUUUUCAGUUCAGAUUCCAUUUAAGGUCAGUUAAGGAGAGGCAAUUAAGGGAGGCCAGAUGUGAAAGGUCAAAGCAAUACAUAUUAUUUAACAAGUGAAUAAUUAGCAGAACUUUAGAUACAGUGUGUCAUAUGAAAAGUUUUCUGGUAAAUCCAAGCUCAGAUGUGUCUUAAAUAUCCAUGAAGAUAUUUCCUUAUCCAUGAUAAUUUAUGCAAAAUUGGUAGAAGGAGCUUUUCUGCUUGUUUACCAAGUGAAGUUACACCAGGGGUUUGAGAAUUUCCAAUGAUGUUUCACCCGAGUAAUUACUGAGGCUUAACUAAUAUCCUUCAUGCAUUCUCCUUCCCAUUCCUGUAAGUAUUUUUGAGUCGUGCGAUCUAGUUCAAAACAUCACAUUAACUCAUGCAAAUAAUCAAUUACUGUGGAGGAGGAGGUUAGGAAAGAUGCCAGUUAACUAGGAUAUUUACAUGCAUUUCUAGCAGAUUAGAAGUCUAAACGUGUUGCUUUUCACUCAAUAUCUUAUCCCUCCUGAUUCUUUAUCUGUCACUUGCCAGAGAUGUUGAACAACUAGUACUUUGUUACACACACUCAAAUUACAGUUUGUGGUCAAUCCUAAUCGUUAUAUCCAGAGAUUACCAGCCCGACAAUGGGGGAUGUUCCAUUUUAAGCUCUGUCCUUUUUACCUCAUUCUUUUGGCAACUUGUGUACUUUCAUCUGGCUUCAACCUGCAAUAAUCACUCCAUUGCUUUCUUUACAAUUAAAAAUCCUUUCUUAACAGUGAAACAAUUCUUGCAGUUAAUAAUGGGAACCCAUUACUAUUAUAACUCUUCCAUAUGAUAUCUGGAUAUCAGAUAUCCAGGCAGCGAGCAUGUAAUGCAUUAAAUGGCUGACCUAGGACUGAAUGUUCAAAUAUUAGCUAUUACUGACGAGUGUGUUUUCCCAUUGAAUAUCACAAAUUGGUUUAUUCAAUGGGAAGUCACUCGUCAGUAAUAGCUGACUUGCAAUAUGUGAACGUUUUCCUAUGAGCUGCGGUGAUUUGGAUGUUAGCUGAUUACUAUUUUAGCUGAUGCCAUUCAAUCCGAGGAUUAAAAGUAGUAGUUUAAUAAAAAAUGUUGAACUGUCGGACUUUGUAAAUGCUAUGAUAUACUGCUGAUGUUUCCCUCCCUAUACCCUUUCCAAAAUUUUCUUGAGAGCAAUCAUUGUACAGUUGACCAAGCUGCUAAGAUAUUGGCAUUGACUGUCAGAAUUUGUCACAAUGCUAUGUCUUUAAUUGUCAUUGUUUUUAUCACUGAUCUUUAAGGUAUAAUGUAUAAAAACUCAAAACAGCUGCAAGGUCUGCAGCGUAAAUUAGUUUUCCUGAGAGCAAAAAUGUAUAUUAUAAAUGAGGGAACAGGGAAUGUCUAUUUUGCCAAAUAUUUUUCCUACCUAAGAGCAAUAGUUAUAAGGGUUCUGAAAAACACACUGUAGGGGUAUUAAACCUCUGAUAAUUCAGUCAAACCACUGCCAAACUGUUACUAUUGUUGAAAACAGUUAAAGGGGAUUGAAACUGGAAGUUAUAGUUUAAUAUUUAAAGUCUUGGCAUGUAAAUUGUUGUUUGCUUUUUUGAAUCAUGUAAACUUUUUUUUAAUUACUGUGAUUUUAUGCCACUGCCCUUCCUAUGCAGUCUGCUGUAGAGAAUCUCUUUGCACUACUGUGGUAUCAGUUGCUUGAUAUUUUGUAGAUUAAAUAUCUUUGUAUAGUUUGCAAUUUAAUAAAUCUUUGAUGUCAAUAAAAUUGACGUUUAAAUUA